AUGGCAAUGUUACUCGUUGUAACAGCAGCUAUCUUGUUGAGUGUCAAGUGUGUAUUACCUGGUGCUAUUCUGGAUGAUGGAGAAUGGAUUGGUCCUAAUGGAACAGUUCCUUGUGAUGGUGGUAACAAUCAAAAUGUUCAAUGCAGUACUGGGUCAGGUGCUAGUCUCAGUGUUCAUAUACAAAACAUUGCAAGUGACAGAUUGGCCUCAGAUGGAGUUGUUAGGGAACCACGUACUGUCCUACAAGUUAUUGAUGAUGUUAUACACAGACAACAAAAGAUUGGAGGAGGACCAGUAGUGGUACACUGUAGUGAUACAGUGAGUCGUUCAGGAGUGUAUUGUUCAGUGAGUAUUGGUCUAGAACAGUGUAAGGCAGAAGGUGUAGUGGAUGUGUUUCAAGUGACUAAAGCUGUGAGAAGGAGUAAACCAGGAGCUGUGACUACACUGGAGCAGUAUACUUCCAUAUAUGAUGUUAUUGACACGUACCUUCAGAUGAAUGAGACUUAUGGGAACUUUCAAUUUUAAUUAUUUCAUUUAGAAG